ACAGGCAAAAGCUAGUCACAUAUAAACUACUCCUAUUAAUUUUCAGAUCAGAACAUCUGAAGAAAAUGGCAGCAUCUAAAUGGGAAGUAGCACCUUCCCCAAACUACGGAGUCAAUGUGGACAAAAUCUACCCUUACUCUGAAGUGCCGUACAUCGGCAAAUAUAAACUAGUUAAGAUCCCACAGGGGUCCGAUUUAUUAGAAUUGGUCGACUACUGGGGUGAAGGGAGAAUCGAUGAACAAUGUGGAGCAAGCGGGUUCCCAGACUGCUACAACGUGAACCAUCCUUCACAAUGCGUCAGCAACGGAGCCGACAAGGGCAGGAAGAUCCCCAACAGAGUACCAGUCCAGAGCUACACCCAUUGUGACAGCAGUAGCUACAUAAAAGACGACUCCGUCAAAACCGUCACUCUCAUGGGCGCCCCCAUCAAUAACAGCUGCUCCAAAGACAUCGCUAGAAUGAUCAACGAAGAUCAAGGAAAAGUGAUCGUCUUCGGAUUCGAAGAUACCUCGGCAGAUAUAAAAAACCUCAAUACGGAUCUGGCAAAGAAGCACCUGAUUCGAUGUGACGGAUACGUAUUGCCUGAUACGCUACAAGAAGUAACUCUCUUUAGCUCUAUUGCCAAUAAUACUGCGUUGAAAUUGACCCUUCUAUCCAGUAUUAAAAAUGCCAACUACGAGCAAGCUGUGGAUAUCAGUAAGGCAUUUGCGGUCAGCAGUCACGCCAAUAGCAUCCGCGAAGUCGUAAACGAUCUUCUCCAUGAGGGAAACAGCCAAGUCAUGAGCUUUGCAUAUAAACUGUGGAAUGGCGAUACUCAAAGGAUCGUCUCUAAAUAUUUCCCCUUAGAAUUCAAGUUGAUCAUGAAUGAGGAGAAUGUGAUGAUUUGGAACAACAGGUUUGAUCAGGCUUUAAAAUUGGCGGUGGCUUUGGACUCCGACAGGGACAGAAGAGGCUGGGGUGCUAACGACGAACAACAAGGCAAGAGAGUAAACUGGAAGAUCAUGCCGGUUUGGAGAGGCAAUAGGGUAUUGUUCAAGUUGUUGAAUGUGGAGUUUGGGAUGUUCCUGAAGUUGGCAAAGUAUGAGGAUGGCAUACACGAUAGAGAGGCGUGGGGCUCGUAUGGCUGUGACGAUGAGCAUCAUACCUGGUGCCUGGACCCUGUGAUGCUUAACGGUAAGCUGAUGUUCUUUGUUGUCAGCAACAAGUACCAGCUGGGGCUCAAGCUAGCCGUGCGCCAGGACUCCAUGGGAGACCGGGCGCUGUGGGGCCAUAACGCAGACGUCCACAAUAACCCUGGCCACUUCGGUUGGUACAUCAAAGAAGCGAAGUAAAUCUGUAUUCUUUGUAUAGUAAUACCACAGAUAAUAUAAUACUAGGUA